UGAAACAACACAGAAGAAAGAGAGUGAGAAGGGAAUGGCGUACUUGAGUAUGGGAGAAGCACACAGAAGAAUCACUGAAUUCUUGAAUCGCUUCUCCGACGCCGUUUCUUACCAAGACGGAUCCUCCCUCAAGCAACUCUUCUCCCUCUCCUCCAACUCUCCCUUCCUCCUCUCCCUCGCCGAUGGCCUCAAUCUCUUCCAGGAUGCUAACAGACUGAUCAAGCAAUCCGAGAAGUAUUCUCAGUUCGGGGAUAUCAUAAUUCCUCUUUUUCGUUCCAUUCAGAGUUACAAAGCUGGGAACUUGGUUGAUGCCUAUAACGCCUUCGAGAAAUCUGCCAAUGCGUUUAUCCACGAGUUUCGCAACUGGGAAUCAGCUUGGGCCUUGGACUCAUUGUAUGUCAUUGCUUAUGAAAUUAGGGUUCUUGCUGAGAGGUCUGAUAGAGAGUUGGCUUCCAAUGGAAAAUCGCCGGAUAAAUUGAAGGGAGCUGGGUCAUUCCUCAUGAAAGUUUUCGGUGUUCUUGCUGGAAAAGGCCAAAAACGGAUUGGAGCAUUACAUGUAACCUGUCAAUUAUUCAAAAUCUACUUCAAGCUUGGUACAGUUCAUCUCUGCCGAAGUGUGAUAAGGAGUAUCGAAACAGCUCGAAUAUUUGAUUUUGAGGAAUUUCCUAAAAGAGACAAGGUCACCUACAUGUAUUAUACUGGCCGCCUGGAAGUUUUCAAUGAAAAUUUUCCAGCUGCUGAUCAAAAAUUAUCAUAUGCAUUAACACAUUGCAAUCCACAAAGUGAAGCAAAUAUCAGGAUGAUUUUGAAAUAUCUGAUACCUGUGAAGCUCUCAAUAGGCAUUUUACCUAAAGAAUGGCUCCUAGAAAAGCAUAACCUGGUUGAGUACCGUAAGGUGGUGCAGGCUCUUCGUAGAGGUGAUCUCCGACUUCUUCGGCAUGCUCUUCAAGAGCAUGAAGACAGGUUCCUUAGGUCUGGCGUAUAUCUAGUCUUGGAGAAGCUAGAGCUUCAAGUAUACCAAAGACUGCUAAAGAAAAUUUACAUUAUUCAGAAGCAAAAGGACCCGAGCAAAGCUCACCAGAUGAAGUUAGAAGUGAUCGCAAAGACACUAAAGUGGCUUGAGAUUGACAUGGAUUUGGAUGAGGUGGAGUGUAUAGUGGCAAUCUUAAUAUACAAGAACCUUGUGAAAGGAUACUUUGCUCACAAGAGUAAAGUGGUGGUCUUGAGCAAACAGGAUCCAUUCCCCAAACUAAAUGGAAAGCAGAUGAACUCCUAGAUAUGGUGGAAUGUCUUCAAAUUGAAGUUGGUGACAACUGACAGCACUGUUGCAUUCCAUUCUCAUAUGAUUCAAGUCCAAUUGGUUUGGAGCACAUAGCCCUUCUAUUAUGAUGUAUGCAAAGCAUAUGUGCUGAACUACGAUUUUGCAGGAUUCGCUUUUCAUUGUUUUGCAACUACAAGAAGUAACUUAAUGUUACCUUUUCAAGUCCUAGUUUACGUUAUUUAAUCUGAAAGAUUGAAGCUGAUUUCAGAA